UAGGAGGGUUCCUUUUGUUCCCCUUCUCAACCGCACUAUAAAUACUCGGAGCACUCUUUUACCCCACCACAGAGCAAGAAGAGGUGCACCCCCGGGAUAAGAUUACGCGCAGCUAUCCGGCCAACAAGCCCAGUGCGUCCAUUCAUGCCCUCAUAGACCUCCAUCCCAAAAAGAGGACCAAACUCAAACGACAGAAGCAGGUGAUCGAGUGUGACUUAAAAAUAGAGGCAGAGACAGAGGGAAGCAGCGAUCUCCUACCCAAACCGAGCUAAUAAAAUGCAUUCCGACUCCAGCUUGAGCAGAUCUUCCUCACCAGACGUGGAUGGAAUGUAUCUCCGAGACCACCUCAAUUCAGUGUCCUCGGCGCAGAACGAACUCCUCCAGAAGAUGACGAGCGAGCAUCUUUCCAGGCACGGGGAAAAGACGUCAUCUGGCGGGAGCAAGUACAAACUCAAGAAGCAGGUGACCGAGCAAGAGAUUCAGCAUCUGAGGCUGAAAAUCAACGGGCGGGAGCGCAAGAGGAUGCACGACUUGAACCUGGCGAUGGACGGCCUCCGGGAAGUUAUGCCUUACGCACACGGUCCGUCUGUGAGAAAGCUGUCGAAGAUUGCCACUCUCCUGCUCGCCAGAAACUACAUCCUGAUGCUCAACAGCUCCAUGGACGAGAUGAAAAGGCUGGUUGGAGAAAUCUAUGGCGGACAUCAUUCUGCGUUCCACUGCGGGACAGUGAGCGGACACUCUGGCAACCCGGCGCAUCAGGUGCAUCCGCUGCUCGGGAGCGCGCUGUCCUCGUCCACAUCCUCUACCCUCACCACCACUUUACCUGGACUUACCUCCAUCCGAGCGCCUCACUCCUUAAUGAAGAGUGCCCCUGCACACCCUCUUCAGCUCGGCAGCAGCUUCCAACACUGGGCAGGUUUACCUUGCCCAUGCCCCAUAUGCCAAGUACCGCCACCCCCUCAUAUUCCUAUCAGUUCAGCGGGACUGACGAGACUUACAAGCGGAAACAAGGAUGUGAUGAAGUAAUUCGGGACUUCCGAUACAGAAUGGUGUCAAGAUGUACAGUACAGUAAAUUAUGAAUUGGACAUGAAGAAUUGACCUCCAUGCAUGCAUUGUAUGUCUGUUUAUUUGUUUUGCGUAUGCGAACCGUUAA